AUGAUGGGAGGAGGAAGAGCCUUCUUCAUGAAUGCCACAAGAAAUGGAAAGCGGACAGACGGCCGUAAUAUUGAUUUUGCAUGGGAACGACUAGGUGGCCGGCGUAAAGUAUUGCGUUCUGUGGACGAUCUGUGGCAAUACGAUGUUUCCAAGGGUGGCAAGGUGUUAGGAGGUCUUAUAGAUGUGGGCCAGCAUUUGAACUCUAUGCACAAGACAUUCGCUGAAAUGGAGGCAUUUGAAGAUGCCAUCAGACAGGCCCGUGAAAUGACUGAUCCUAGCGAGACUCUGAUACUUGUGACAUCGGAUCAUGCUCAUGCACUCACAAUCCCUGGAUAUGCUCUUCUGAAUGAAAGUAUUUUUGGAAACUACAAAGUGGAUGAACACUCGGUACCAAGCAUGUUCUUUGCACUUGGACCGGGUUAUCGAGGCGGUUUCCGGACAGAACAGCUGGACGGCGACCCAAGUAAUCCUAUGAUUUUCAAUAGUUACUGCUAG